AUGACAGACUCUAACUUGAGGAACGACAGCAACUAUGGGAUGUAUUUCACUGGAGCUUUCAAUGGAUCCGUUCUAGAUCAGAUCUUUCCAAAUGACAGCAUCACAACAUGCCGAAACUUCACAAUGGACUCGCAGGUCGUCGGAGUGGGAAUCUUCCUCUCCGUUUUUAUUCUGGUGGCGAUUGUUGGGAAUAUCUUGGUCAUCCUGUCUGUGGUCUGCAACAAACAUUUACAGACCGUCACAAACUUCUUCAUCGUCAACUUGGCCAUGGCAGACCUGCUGCUGAGCAUCAUCGUGCUGCCCUUCUCCGCGUCUCUGGAGGUUCUGGGAUGCUGGGUGUUUGGCCGGGUUUUCUGCAACAUCUGGGCAGCGGUGGACGUGCUCUGCUGCACCGCAUCCAUCCUCAGCCUCUGCAUCAUCUCCGUCGACCGGUACAUUGGGGUAAAAUACUGCCUUAAAUACCCCACCAUUAUGACAGAGAGGAAGGCUGUGGCUAUUUUACUGCUGGUGUGGGUCUCAUCCACGGUCAUCUCCGUCGGUCCGCUGCUGGGAUGGAAGGAGCCGCCGCCGGUGGACGACAGCAUCUGCAGCAUCACGGAGGAACCGGGCUACGCGCUCUUCUCCUCCCUUUUCUCCUUCUACCUCCCGCUCAUGGUCAUCCUCAUCAUGUACUUCAGGGUGUACGUGGUGGCCCGCAGGACUACUAAGAGCCUGGAAGCGGGCGUGAAACGGGAGAGAGAUAAGUCUGUGGAGGUGGUGCUGCGGAUACACUGUCGCAGCGUGCUGGAGGACGCGCGUCCGAGCAGCUCCAAGAACAACAAGAACAACCCGCUCCGAAGUUCGCUGUCAGUGCGCCUCAUGAAGUUCUCCAGGGAGAAAAAGGCUGCGAAAACCCUCGCCAUCGUAGUGGGGAUGUUCAUCCUCUGCUGGCUGCCCUUUUUCUUCUUUUUGCCAAUGGGUUCCUUCUUCCCGGCACUGAAACCCUCAGAAACUGUGUUCAAGGUGAUCUUUUGGCUGGGAUAUUUCAACAGCUGCAUCAACCCCAUCAUCUACCCCUGCUCCAGCAAAGAGUUCCAGCGGGCUUUCACUCGGCUCCUCAGGUGCCAGUGUCACAAAAAACGGAGGGUCCUGCGCCGCUUCUAUGACCAGAGGUGGCGGUCGGCUGUCAAAGGAAUGACAAGGGAUCAGAGGGGAGACUAUAAGCCCGGCUACAUCGUGCACGAAUCCUGUGGCAGCUCUUUGUUACAAAAGGGGAAAGGGCGCUCGCUGGGUUUCAAGAGAUGGAGUCUGUUUCCACCCCUGCAGAAGUCCUCCUUCCAGCUCAAAGAGAAAGUGAACAAUCUGUCUAAUAAAAUCAAAGGAGGGACAGGAAAGGGUUCCACACCAGCAGUGGGCCGGAUAGAGACGGUCGACACAGUCUCUAUGGGGAUUUACAACUCUUGUGAGCAGAGCAGUUAUCAGUUCUAUGAUCUGGCAGAAUGCUAUGGCCUGAAAGAGACUGACAUUUAAAGAAUCUUUUGUUUAUUUAUAAAAGGGCCAUAUUGGACCGAUAUGCAAGAAUAACUGUGAUAGGGCAUAAUUUUGUGCCCACAAAAUAUCUGCAAAUCAAAACUUGAUUAAAGCUGAGAGCAAUGACUUGAUCCCAGCACAAAGGACAAAAACUUUAUCUCUAUUCCUCCCUGCCAUCCUGUUUAUUUACAUGAAACUUCUUAUAAACUGCCUAAUGCCACAUUUUGAACAGUAAUCUAUUCCUUGGACUUACUGCUGUCACUCGAAGGCACUGCAUCGAUGUUACACAGUAGACUGUAGCUUAUGUAAUGUCUUUUGGCAAGACAUUCAACAUAAGCCAGGAUCUUUAUUAUUAUUAUUAAGUGCAUUCCUUUAAAUUUUAUAUCAGUCUCCAUGUCAUUAACUAUUAGCCACAUGACACUGUGUGAUGACAACUUCCAGGAAUCGGUGAUGGCUUUGUUUGGUAUUUUGCUGAUUUUUUUUAAAAAGACAAAAGAAUAAAAAAGUAAAACGCGUGUAACUGUAAGUGAAAAAUGUCCUUAAGCUUUUGGAAAAAGGAGUCAUAAGUGCAAUUGUUAUUGUUGCCCUGAAUGUCUAGAUUUAAUGAAAAGUAAAAUGUCUGAAUAAUUUAUGAUCAUUCAUUUGCCACUUUUUGUUCUGACAAGGCAUUGUAAAGACAAGAGGCCAGAAAAGAGUGAAAAUGCUGCACAGUAUUUAUUCUGUUGAAUUUCUAAGUUAACCUGAUAUGUACACUUGAGUCUACUUUGGUUCACCUAACUGUAAUUUGUGAGCGCUAAUGUGAAAUGAAUAUGCUCUGUUUUGUAUUUUUUCGAUGUUCUGUUUGUUCAUGUCAGACCACAAGCAAAAUAAACAGAAGAGAAAACAAUAAUUCUGUUUUUUCAGGUAGGUUUAAUAAAGCACCCUUGUUAUUUA